UGGAUGUCUACAGAACCAAAAAACAAGAGGAAUAUUUCAAAGCGAUUCUAAAGGAUAGAACAACCGAUACCGCCUCCUUUUCUUCACUGCUAAGGUUGGAACCUACUAUUCAAUGGGAAAAACGGGCCAGUUUCAUCGGCGAGCUCGAUCGAAAGACGGAAAGACGCUUGUAUUCCAUUUUAUGGAUGCGAUUGUGACGCUGGAUUACAUGACAGAUAUUGACGUUGUCAAGACUUACUCAAAGCAACGUGAAGAACUGUUCAUGAAGAAUUCUCAGUAUUUGCCUGAUUACUAUUACUCCAACAAAAACUAUUUUAUUGCACCCAACGACUUUGAUGCGGAUAUUACAGGCUUGCGGAUCAAUGAAGAAGGAAAUCUUAUGGCGAUCUGGAGCGCAAAGUAUAUAUACAUUUACAAACGUGGAGAUGCUGAUCAUGCAAUGAUGGACCCAAAUACGGUGGAGGAUGAGGAGGAUAUUGAUGAGGAUAUUGACAAAUUUCCUAUUCCCGCUGACGUUUUGGCCCGAUUUCCCGCGCGUUGGAAAUUGCGAAUGAUGGUUCCACUCCCAGAGCUGAGGUCAUUAUCGAUUUCAUCAAUCCAUUUUUACAAUGCAUCCAUCAGCGACGAUCGCACCCCGCAAAACUUCAUGUUUGUUGCUUUCGAGAAAGGUUCGGUCUAUUCAUACCUUGUCGAUGACACUGAAGCACCGGAAAACAUUAGCUUCUGGACAUUUGUAACCAAUCGAUGGGAUAUGGUCAUUGCAAUGUCUAUCGUAAUAUCAAUAUUUGUAUUUAAUGAAUAUCAUCAUUUUUCUUGAGCAUUUUUCAAUAUCAUGUUUAGGAUGACGCAAAAGACAUGUCAUCACACAUAAAUAAAAGACAAGUCUGUACUGUAAAUGGCUUCGGAAUCAACCUACGU